AUGGCAGAGCCAGGCGCGGAACAAACUCCAUACCCAGAACCCGGAGAACCACCAGUUCCCGACAAAGCGCUUCAACUCCAAAUCCUUCUUAUCCUGUGUCUGAGCGUGUACAUAAUCACUGCGAUCUGUCUUCUUCUGAAAUCCUACUGUAUUGCCUAUGGCACUCUCGACUUCACCUCUACGCCUGCCACAACCCCGGACCAUACAGCCGCUUGGAACUCACUCCAGCGCCUGAAAUCCCUUAACCGCGUCGCGCCCCUCAAGCGCUAUGAUUCGUGGUAUACCUCAACUGUCUGUCAUGAACGGAGUCCGUUAUUAAGUAGGGAUUGGGAAAGUAGCAUCUGUGCAAUAUGCCUCGAAACCGUGAACAAAGCAGAUGUGAUACAUGCAUUGCCCUGUAAGCAUGUCUUUCAUCGACAGUGCCUUGAGACCUGGUUUCUUGAGUAUCACAAUGCGUGUCCCGUUUGCUGGCGGGUGUUCUUCGCUUGA